AUUCACCUUGUGCAUUCAUUGCAUGGGAUGUUGUGUAUACCUAAGCCUAGGUAUGCUUUGGAAACGCAAGAACGAAUAGUACUCAAUUCCUCCACGUAUCUGCGCAACCUCGUCACCCACUCACAUGAAUGAAGCUCAAUGAGAAUCUGAGCUGCUCAGCCCUGCCAUUCAUUCACUACGACCGAACGCAAGGCGGGUGUGAGCCCCUGAGUUUGAUCAAGACUACGACAACACGAGGCGACUUAGUCCUCUCGGACAGAUCACACUUCAAUAUGUCUUCACGCACGACACGCUCGAGCACCAAACGCCCGGCUGCGGAGCCGGACUCUCCAUCAACACCAUCAUCCGCGAGCGAUCUUAAAAGGCGAAAGAAAGCAAACACCAAACCGGCAAAACCCUCGGCCAAAUCAUCAUCCAACGACGAUCCAGCACCAACGGAAGCACUUCAAAUUGUGGAAGAACUCGGCGACAUCUUCUCCGCACCACCAAACACCUUGAUCAUCCAUGCAUGCAAUUGUGAUGGAAGCUGGGGCGGCGGCAUAGCUAAAGCAUUCAAAGAUCGAUAUCCCAAGGCUUACGAUGAAUACGCGAAACACUGCGAUCUGCAUGGUCACUCGCUGCUCGACACCGCUCAAUUGAUUCCGCCUGUUGAUGCGAAGAUCCCCGGUGAAGAGGGUUCCAAGGGAGACGACAAAGAGGUUCCCAAGCACUUUGUGGGAUGCCUAUUUACAUCACGACACUACGGCCGCAAAAAGGACUCGCCGGCGCGUAUUCUGGAGGCGACUAAGCCGGCCAUGCAGGAUCUGUUGAAGCACGUUGAAGCAUGGAACUCGAAAGCGAAGCAAGAGGAUUGCAUUGCUGAAGUUCGGAUGUGCAAGAUCAAUUCGGGGCUGUUUGCUGUACCGUGGGAAAAGUCCAAGGCUGUGUUGGAGAGGAUUGACAUCAGCUCGAGCGACGUCAAAGUCAUCAAGAUUGUCUCGCCCAAGGCAUGACAUGGUGCUGCUGGCUGUGGAAAUGUGGGAAGAUCAACGGGGGAAAUGACGGGUGGUGUGAGCGAGGCUGCAGCCAUGAGUAUAUACCUUAAUGCAGCGUAUAGCCUCAUGAAUGAAACAUUUCGGUAAUGACUGGACCUAUGGAACACAGUGACACUUGACUCUUGUUACCAUUUUAUUGGCG